UGCAAGUUGUAACCCCAUCGCUUUCCCAAGAUUCCUAUCAAUUCUAUUCAGUAUUCACACUCUUCUUCCACUCAACUCACUCCCAUUUUCACUUCUUUAAUCCGCUUCACGCUCUCGGCCAAAGAAUGCAGAAAGCUGUUCUGAGGGUGGAAUGGGGCAACGAAAAAGAAAGGAAGAGGGCCAUGGAGAUAGUCUCUGCAUAUGAAGGGAUACAAUCGGUGGCCGUGGACAUGGACACCAAGAAGGUGACGGUGAUUGGGAACAUGGACCCGGUACAGGUAGCUGAACGCUUGAGGAAGCGAUUUGGCACGGUCAUCGAGUACGUGGGACCGAAAGAGACUCCGAAGCCCACAACUGAAGAGCCCAACACCGACACCAACGUCAACAGCCCAGACAGUCUUUACUCGGACCAUGUAGCUUACCCCUAUAACCAACCAUACCCAUAUCCAUACCCAUACCCAUACCCAUCUCCAUCUUACUAUUAUCCGCCGCCAUGGUAUUAUUAACGUUUCUAGAUUUUCGUUCAUAGUGUUCCUGGAACGAAAUGUCUUCUGAUGAACAUUUGAAAGACUUGUGAUUUGUCGUGCUC